AUGGCACCCAGCGAGUUGUUUUUUGAGAACUACGCUAACACCAUAUCAUCUUCUCAUAGUAUGUUCAAACUACAGGGAAAAUCAUCCUUGAAGGAUCUACCCGAGGAGCGUAAAAGAGAGUAUGUUGCCAUGGCCACCGAAGGCACAACCCCGCCAGAGAAUGAAUGUACUCCAUGGUAUGGUCAUCCCAUCACCAUGAACGUGAAGCCAGACCUCAAGAUGCCGUUUUCCUCACUGUGUUAUGCCGACCUGAGCCGUCCAAUGGCCAUCAGCCUACACGAGUACCUAGAGCAAGACCUAGGCUCCCUCGACGGAGACGAGUAUUUUCGACUGCUCAGCCUGUUCAAGCUGAAAAUCGACUCUUGGAUAUCCAAGUCUUUUGACAUGUUCGAGACGGGCACUUCGUACGACCAAACAAAACUUGUGCUUCCAUAUGCAAUGCCUUUGCCCCGAGAAGCCUUUGACGACUUUGCGGAAUGGAAAAGAAAAUGGCAAACAAAAAGUUCCCGGGACAGAUUCAUUCAAAGGCAGCAGACGACAGACAAUACAAAGAUGUAA